AUGUCGAUCGAUAACCUGUGUAAUGGGUACGCACAGGAAGACUAUGUACAGGAUGAGUACUCGAGACACCCAAACUGGGCAACGCCAGAAGACUGGGACAGACACCAAGAGACGAUUCGGCGUUUGUAUCUGGACGAGAAGAGACCACUCAAAGACGUCGUGUCCCAAACCGGCAUUCUAUUCUUGGAUCCCAAGUUGCACUAUAUCAUACUCCCCCGCGAAAUAUCAAAAUCUCAAAUUCUAUACACACACCGCGCGGAAGCCACCAUUGAGACCGAAUACCGCAAGCUAGAGUGGGAUUGGGGGCAGAAAUGGAGAAGAGAUUGGAAGGGGUAUAGGAAAGGAGGCAAAGAGGUUGCUGGAUGGGUCGUGGGACUUUCUCCUGCAGCCAUCCCAGAAGGGGGUGGCCUACAACGGAAAUCCUCCGUCUCCACGAACGGACGCUCACGCGGGACAAAGGGUCAAGCAACGAACAAACAAUCAGGGAGGAAGGGCGGAAGACGAAAAAGAAUGGAGAGAGAAGAGGGCAUCGCAGUUGCUAUCCUACAAGUCCCGGUUCCGGCGUCAGCUCUUUGCUGA